AUGGAAGCGUUGACAUGCGAAGAUGAUGUGAAACCAAUUGUUGUUGUUGAUCGUAUUAUCAAAAUUGGUGGUGCGGCUAUAAGUGAUAAAACACAAUUUGAAACAUUAUUACCUGACAAUUUAAAACAAAUCUGUCAAUUAUUAAAACAAAAUUAUAAAAAUUUGAUAUUGAUUCAUGGAGCAGGUUCAUUUGGUCAUCAUCAAGCAAAAGAAAACGAUCUAAUAAAUGGAUGUUUAAACUUAGAGGACUAUUCUCGUCGACAAUUGGGUGUUUGUGAUACACGUCGUUCUGUAACACAUUUACACAAUUAUGUUGUUGAUGCAUUGUUAAAGGAAAAUAUUCCCGUUAUUGGUUUAUCGCCGUUUCAUUUUCUAAUGUCAAAUAAUCUUAAAAUUGAAGAAGGGAUUACUAAAAAAUUAGAAUUAAAUUAUUCACGUUUAUUUGCUUAUAUUAGAUAUCUUCUAUCACAAAACUAUGUUCCAUUGUUGCAUGGAGAUGUUAUUUUAGAUUAUACAUUACAUUGGACACUUCUAUCUAGUGAUGAUCUAAUGUUUACAUUAGCAAAAGAAUUUCGACCACAUCAAUGUCUAUUUGUCACAUCUGUACCUGGUAUAUUGUCAAAUAACAGAGUAUUAGAUGAAUUUUAUAUUGAACAGGAUGGAAAAUUCCAUAAUAUUGAUAGUAUUGACUCAUAUAUAUCUAAUAUAAUUGAUGUUACAGGAUCAAUGAAGAAAAAGAUAAUGAUUUGUGCUAAAAUUGUGAACGAAAUAGAUAAUUGUAACGUAUGGAUAGUGAACGCGAAUAGUAAUACUAUUCAAAAUCUUUUAUUGGAUGAAAAAGUGAUAUCAGGACAAGGAACAAGAAUUAUUAAACGAUUAAAUACUGACUGA